AUUUUUCCUGUUAGAAGGGCGAGGGUGUUAACAUCCCUUGUAGCUCUUUCUGAUAAAUGAAGAUCACUCCCACUGGGUGUUCACUGGAGAAUGUUACUUUCAUUUCUUCCUUCUGCUGUCAGCUAUGGCGACUGCUGGUCUAAGAAAGGAGCUUGAAUGUUCCAUCUGUCUGAACACUUUUACUGAUCCUGUAACCCUGAGAUGUGGACACAACUUCUGCCGGGUCUGUAUAGAUCAGGUCCUGAAUACACAGGAGGAGUCUGGGGUUUAUUCCUGUCCUGAAUGUAGAGAAGAGUUUCGGGAGCGGCCUGCACUGCAGAGGAACAUAAAUCUACAUAAUGUAGCAGAACGUUUCCUGUCUACUCAAUCACAUCAGAAGGAGGUCACUGGGAUCUGCUGCACUUACUGUAUUCACUCUCCUGUACCUGCUGUUAAAUCCUGUCUGAUGUGUGAGGCUUCUCUGUGUGAUAAUCACCUGAGAGUUCACAGCAAGUCAGCAGAACAUGUCCUAACUGAGCCCAGCACUUCUCUGGAGAGCAGUAAAUGUUCUGUCCAUAAGAAGAUCCUGGAAUAUUACUGCACUGAGGACUUGGUUUGUAUCUGUGUGUCUUGCAGUUUAGCUGGAGAACAUCGGGGACACCGGGUGGAGAUGCUGGAUGAGGCCUCUCAGAAGAAGAAGGAGAAACUGAGAAAUGUUCUACAGAAACUCAUCACAGACAGAAUGGAAACUGAUCAAAGAGUUAAAAGUCUGGAGGAGCACAGGGGAAAAGCCCUAGCAAAAGCAGCUGGAGAAGAAAAAAGAGUCAUGGCCCUGUUUAAAGGUAUCAGGGGACAGCUGGAUGACCUGGAGAAGAAGGUCCUGAGUGACAUUUCCAGGCAGGAAGAACAGGUCUCACUGUCACUGUCUGAUAUGAUCGAGAAGCUGGGAAUAAAGAAGGACGAGCUGUCCAGGAAGAUGAGACACAUUGAGGAGCUGUGUAACAUGACUGAUCCACUGACUGUCUUACAGGAACCAGACACAGGAUCGUUCCUGCACAUGAACCCAAGUGCUCUGCAAUGAACCAGACAAAACUGACAACAAUGAAUACAGAAGCAUCCAGUGGAUGAAAACUGGAAGCCGGGCAAAAAAGGCCCCUGUAAAAACUCCUAAAAAUGUUUUCUUCAAAUUCCCAUCUGUAUGACAUGAUUGACCAGUUCUAGACAAGGCAAUUUACCCCCCUCCCUGACCAGAAAAUUCGUCCAGGAAUGUCCUAGUGGUCUCAUCACCCUUCACGAAUUUAGAAAGUAUUUCUGUGAUUGUACAGUGGGAAAUGAAUCCUCAGAAUAUGCUGAACAGAUAUUCCGAACUCUGGACAACAAUGGGGUCCAGACACUAAAAAAGGGGCGAUAAUAGGUCUACAAAGCCAACCAGAAUCAGGGCUACAGAGUUCAUCCCUGAUCCCUGGACAGCUGUCUUCAGGAUGGAAUAGUGGACUUCCGGGAAUAUGUCACAGCAAUCAGUAUGCUUGCU